AUGUCUCUUUCAGAUCCAUCUAGUCUCAGGCCGAUUCCUGAUGCAACAGAUCUCGAUGAGCCGGUUCUGUUUUCCUCCCUUUAUGAAAUGGGACAGAGACUAGGAAUGGGAGGUUUCGGCACUGUGUUUAAGGGGACUCGCAAAUCUGAUGGCCAGCAGGUUGCCAUCAAGAUCAUUCCUAAGUAUAAGGAGGAUGAUUAUAUUGUUAUUCCUGGCUAUUCCAAGCCACUGGUUAUGGAAGUGGUUCUAAAUCUGCGAGUGAAAAACUCUCCGAGUCCAAGCCAGGACAUUGUCCAGAUGCUGGACUGGUUUGAAGAGGAACAUCAUCACAUCCUCAUCUUGGAGCAUCCACAACCCUGCGAGACCUUGCUCAGUUUCCUCAAGCUCAACGGGCCUCGCUUGGAUGAAAAUCAAGCACGUCCCUUAAUGCUCCAGGUAGUCCAUGCAGCGAGACACUGCAUGGGCCGAGGUGUUGCUCACAAUGACAUCAGGGUGGAUAAUAUCCUGGUCAAUACAGAGACGCUGCAGCUCAAACUGAUAGACUUUGGCUGUGGAGGACUUAUUGAAGGUUGGGAUGAUGAAGACAACCAAUACAGAGGAUAUGUCGUGCCAGAGCUUUACGUGGAGCACAAAAUCGCGCUCAGAGAGACAGUGUUGUCUCUGGAUGAUCCAGACGAAACACCGACGCUAGAGCAGCUGGUAGAACAUGAGUGGUUUAAGCAGGAAGGGAGUCAGGUAGAGUAA